AUUUCAAAUAUUACUGGAAUAAUUAUUGGGAAGCCAUUGGAGGCUCCUUCAUAAUCAGCGGUAAACGACGUUGAGCCAGGAGGCUCCGUACGUUACCUUUCAUCCAUCACCAUUCCUUCCUAGAACGACGUCGUAUCCAUCAUCCCAAUUUUCAUCCUUUUCUCAAAAAAAGGCUAAUGGCAUCUGCUUCAGACUCAUGGGUGAAGGAAUAUAAUGAAGCAGUGAAACUUGGUGAUGAUAUUACAGCCAUGAUGUCCGGGCGGAAUUCGGUUCCGUCGUCUGGGCCUGAAACCCAGCGUCACACAUCUGCUAUAAGAAGGAAGAUUACAAUAUUGGGGACCAGACUUGAUAGCUUGCAAUCCCUUUUGUCUAAGCUUCCUGCAAAACAAGCUAUAUCCGAGAAGGAGAUGAAUCGCCGCAACAAUAUGGUUGCGAAUUUGAGAUCUAAAGUUAACCAAAUGGCUUCCACUUUGAACAUGUUGAACUUUGAAAAUAGAGACCUUUUGCUUGGGCCAGAAACAAAGCCAGAUGCCAUGAGCAGAACAACUGGCCUGGACAACAACCAACUUGUUGGAUUUCAACGGCAAAUUAUGAAAGAACAAGACAAUGGCCUUGCAAAAUUGGAGGAGACUGUACUAAGCACCAAACAUAUUGCACUUGCUGUCAAUGAAGAGUUGGAUCUACACACUAGACUUAUUGAUGACUUGGACCAACAUGUAGAUGUUACAAAUUCUCGGAUGAGGUGGGUGCAGAAGAAAUUGUCAAUUGUAAAUAAACGAACCAAGGGUGGUUGCUCCUGCUGGUGCUUACUUUUAUCAGUGGUUGGCAUUGUGGGUUUGCUUCUUGUCAUUUGGAUUUUGCUCGUUCAUUUGUAAUUAUGAAAAUACCCAAACACAUCAAAGUUUCUUUUGGGCAAAUGUUGUGUAUACAAGUGUGCAUUGAAAAAUAUAUCAUACUGGAGUUUCAUUA